UAGCUGGCUAACCUACAACAACUUUUAUUUUGACUUUGUAAACGAAUGAGGUGACCCGGAAACAAUGUCUUGAACUCUUGUGGUGUUCUGAAAUCGAUGCUUUUCGCUUCAUCUGAAGUCGUGAUACGAUGCCAGGGUGGAAUCUCGACUGUCAGUGGUAUGAUUGAUAUCUAAAAUAAACAGGUAAGCCCAUCUUAAUGUGUAUCUGAGAGUGCAUACACAGCCUGCUGUGAGGGCUAAGAUGCCGAUCCCUCCCCCUCCACCACCUGGAGGACCACCUCCUCCUCCCACGUUCAGUCAGGCCAACACAACCCCACCCAAACUGAACAAAGAUGAGACCAAGGGACGUAAUGCUCUUUUGACCGACAUCUGCAAAGGAACUAACCUGAAGAAGGUUGCUGUUGUCAAUGAUCGGAGUGCACCCGUCAUCGAGAAGCCCAAAGGAGGUGGUGGGGGCGGAAGCAGUGCCAGUCCAGUGGGUGUGUCAGGUGCCGUGCAGCCAGUGGGCGGGCUCUUCCAAGGAGGCGUGCCAAAGCUGCGACCAGUCGGAGAUGGUUCUAUUGGUCGGUCAGCACUGCAGCCUGGCUCUCGUCCCAUGGCGCCCCGCCCUCCCGGUCGCCACGAUGACAGCGACAGUUCCUCGCAGCAGCAGUCUCCAGGGUCUUCGUCGCCCCCCGAGCAGUCUCGGUCCCAGCGGCCCUCGCUGCCUGACCUGUCCCGCCCGGUUAGUGGUGGUAGCCCCUCAUCCUCCUCCACCGGGAUGAAGCACAGCAGCUCGGCCCCACCACCACCCCCGCCCAUGUCUCGCCGCGGCAACGCCCCGCCUCCACCCAAGGCAGCCACUCCCACCUCUUCCUCCUCCUCGUCUCCUUCCUCCUACAACCGCGAGAAGCCCCUGCCCCCGACACCAGGGCAGCGGGGCGCCUCGCCCGCCCCUGGCCGUGAAAGUGCCCCCCCGCCACCACCCGUGAAGCCUCCGCCCUCCCCGGUCAACAACCGCCGACCUCCCACAGGGGGCUCCUCGUCCUCCACCUCCUCCUCCUCCUCCUCUUCCUCGCUGGCACCCCCGCCUCCUCCGUACCGCCAGGGUGUGGUCAACGGGCCUUCAAGCCCGGGCAGCGAGGGGGCCCCCGAGCUGCCUCAGAGGCACAACUCUCUCAGCAAGAAGCCGUCCUCCGCCGGGCACACCCCUACACGUGCCCACGCACCCCCGCCACCCCCCUCGCCCUCUCCGCCGGGCGGUCGGCCCCCACCUCCUGUGCGAGACCCUCCGGGCCGAGGGGCAGCCCCUCCCGUGCCUGGGCAGCCGUCGCGGAAUGGCCGAGAAGCCCCUCCCCCGCCGCCCCCGUACCGGACCCACGGCGGUACCCCCGAAGCUCCUGGUCGAGGCAAGCCUCCCCCUCCUCCCUCCCGCACCCCUGCCGGGCCCCCGCCCCCUCCCCCGCCCAUCCGAAAUGGACACACCUCCACCCCCCGCUCCUUUGUAGAUGACUUUGAAUCUAAGUAUUCCUUCCACCCUCUGGAUGACUUUCCCCCUCCAGAGGAGUACAGGCACUUCACCAAGAUUUACCCCAGCAAAGCCAAUAGAGUGAUGAGAGGAGCGCCGCCUCUUCCUCCUGUGGGGAGGUGAACACUGUGAACACCUGCUGACCAGGAGACAACAGUCUCACUUUCUCACACACACACAUAUCUACACAGUCAUAGUGAUAACUAAUCUGCAAAACACACUCACACAUUACUCACUCAUGGCUGUGUCUUAUUAACAUACAUGUCCUAACCAGACAGCAUUCCACCUCAUGCAAACACUCAAACUCCCAGAAUGCACUCUGGUCUCCAUCCCCUUUUAAUCACAUCAGCCCACUUGAGCACCCGCCAGGGCUGAGGACCUCCACAGGGAGAGACAAAGAUAUCACAGACGGAAAAGAUGCACAACUCCAUCUGUUCAUGUGAUUUUGGUGGUGUAGAGAUAUGUUUUUGAAGAGGGAGAGACAAAGGCCAACGAUUCCUUUAUUGUUUUACUUACCUUUGUGUUGUUUCUCCUUUUUGACAUGGCAGUCUUACGUGAUGUUGGGGCAUCCUUAACAAGUGAUGUUUACCAAGUAACACUAAUCCUAGCCUGAGUUGCAGGCUAAAUUUGUGUGGUAGCUACCAGUCCUAGCCUUUGGCUUAAGGUGGUAGAAGCACCAUUCCAAGCCAUGGAUUAUAGUUUUGUCUCUAUUUGUUUAAGUUGUUGUGAAGAUGUUUAGUGAAAGAUUUUGAAAAUUAUGCACUGUGAACGUGUCAGUCAUCAGGGAAACUGAAGAACUUAAAGACUUUCCUACUGAGAGGCUGACAGAGACUUGUAACUGCUGCCACCUGGUGGCAGAGUAUUGGAAGGACAGGGGAGAGGAGUACCCCCUGGUGGACAGAGAGGGCAUUAUUAUUCCAUUAAUGCUUGAAGAAUGCUUGGUCAAAUUGGCCUGAACCUCUCAAAGACACUCUAACCUCUUCUUGUGGAUCAACAUGAGGAGGGCACUUUUUGAGACCAUGUUCUCUGAGAAGACUACGAAAAAAAAAGUGCCAACGGAAGCAAAAUCCCAACUGGAACAGGUUGUUUACCCGGCCACUCAUUCAACGCCAGACCACACCUUUACCCAUGGACUCUGCAUGCAUGUCUGUAAAAACUGGAGUGCAUUUAAAAGGGUCAAGGGCUGACUGUGUAGUGGUAUGGUAAACAGACUCCCAGAAAAUGAGCAAGUAUUUGGGAUGCACAACAGUAAGGCACCGGUCUCUGUUUUAUUUGCCCAAACAGAUACCAGUCAAUCAAUAUGUUACUCCAAACCAUCAGCAUGUGCUUCCAAGCGCCAUUUUGUACAUGUAUGAUGAGUUUUUUUUUUUUUUUUUUUUGUUUUGUUUUGUUUUUAAAUCCAUAUUCACAGAAUCAGGCAGGUUUGCAUGAUCCCAAUUGUGCCAGAUAGGCCAAGACAGUGCGUCUUGGAUCACCUGUUAAAUAUGCUUUGUGUACGCAGAGAGAACUCUAGUGUUUCAAUUGCUACUCUUACUGGUACCGCCAGUCUAUAUCUACACAUACUGUAAAUGCAUGGCUUGGCGCUCGUCCAAAAGGUAGUACAAGUCCAAGUGAAUUACUGUAUUGGUGUAUAAUGGAAAGACCCCAUGCUGACCAGGUGGCUGUUUUACCUGACAGAAUAGGAAAGGGGCAUUUGGGUGGAGCAGCUGCUGCUUAUGUGCAGUGCUGUGCUAAAGAGGGGCGAAGCAUUAACCUGUAAUCUUCUGACCAUUGUUGAAACUGCAGGCCAACACAGUGGUUUGGAUUUGAACAGAAAAUCCAGUAUUUCUUUUUUUGUCAUAGCAGGUUGCAUGUCAUUCCUUUAAUUAUCCAAAAUUCUUUGAACCAUGAAUCAUGAAAGUCUUUUUUUUUUUUUUUUUCUCCCAGCACUGAGAAUCUUGCCUUUUUUAUUGGCAGCAUGGAGAUGUUUAAUGAUUCUAUAUGCUUUAAACUGAUGCAGACAGAUGCAGAUUUCGUGCUGCGUAUAAAAACAUUAAGGAUACAGUUAAAGGUGCUCUAAGCGAUGUUACACGGUUUCUAAGCUAAAACAUUUUUUGUCACAUUGAGCAAACAUCACCUCACCAUCCACUAGCUGCUUGUACCCUGAAUACACUGUAAAAAACACGUCUGUGGACAGCCCAGGCUCCAAAAACGGCAACAAAAACAACUUGGUCCAGCCUGGACCAUAAAAACAUAAAACUGUUUAAGCCAAUCACCAACGAGAUGCGCAUAUAGGAGAGUUUCAAUUGCAUGGGAGGGAGUAGCAAGCUAGCUCUCUGUUUUGUUUGAACGUCAACAGAUGUGACUUUACCAUCGCUUAGAGCACCUUUAAACUACAUUAGGUUAAAUGAAGAGUUAUCCAAACAGGUUUUACUCCUCUCUUUGUUGUUAACUUUAUUGAACUCUGUGGAAGUCUUAACACACUAGUUUCAGUUCAUUUCUUGGUUUACAUAAACACUGAUUCAGACCUUUGGGAGAAAAGGAAGUUAAGAUGGCAUCAGUGUAAUUAUUGGGAGAUAAUCCUUUGCCCUCCAACCUGUAAGUCAGCAACCCAGCACGUAUAGGAGUAGGUGUACUUGCAGGAGGAGAAGGAGGCAGGAUGGUGAACCAUUCCAUAAGGCUUGUUCCUAUACCUGUGGUUCCUGGCCUGUGAUCAAGUGUGCGUUUGCCCUGUAAUCUGUAUACUGUACCAUGACAAUUAACCCCUUGUCCACCACCAUCCUCCCCAAAACCCCUACCAAGAAAACAAAAACAACAAAAAAAUCAAUCCAAAAAUGCUUACAGCUUUGCAUCCUACAUCACUCCCUCCCACCUCCUUGUUUCUGGUGGUAUGCCUUAUACAGAUCUACUGUAACUUGUCGGUACGUGAUUUGUAAGAAAAUAAACACUAAUCAUACGAAACAAAAAAAAGUAUAUUUACACUAGGCCUACAUGUAAGGCAAUAUGGUAGUAAUAGCUAUUGAUCUAUUUUGAAGUUGUAAAAAGCUUGUAAUAUAGUGACUAAAUGGAAUUUUUGGGGGUGGGAGGGGAUCAGAAUCAACGGGAAAGAUGCUGGCUUUGUAGCAAGCCAGCUGCUAAUCGUUAGCUAGUUGCACUCUCUUUUAUUCCUUUUCUGUCUGUCUUAAAUCUCGCCUGCUUUUCGCUGUCCUCCUCCAUGCUGUCCCUCUCCAGUCCUGAAGGGGGCAGAGGGGGGCUGUAACUGUAGAUAUCUGCGGGAGCAUUAACUUACUCACAUUGAGAGCCUCCAUUCCUUCUCACCCUUUUCCCCCAUUUCACUCUAUUCCAGGCUUUUAAAAAAGAAAACUAAUGAAAGCCCUCGUCUUCUGUCGUUUGUCGCACUUUUCUCUGCCAGUCGUGUUGUACAAGGCAAAAAAUAAAAACCUUAGAGAAAA